UGCGUGUGUUCUAAAAUUGCUUCCUGUCAGCCAGCACCUCUUGCCACAUCCUUUCAAUGCGUCUAGGAGCGUGAGCACAUUUCCUGGGUCUCGUCUAGAGCCUGUCGUACCCUAAACGCUGCGGCCAUGGUGAGCUACUGCCCCAUCUGCGGGAAGCCCGUCUACUUCGGCGAGAAAAAGAGGUCGCUAGGCCGAGAUUAUCACCCGCUGUGUCUGAAGUGCCACAAAUGCAAAAGGCAGUUAACGCCUGGUCAACAUGCAGAGCAUGAUGAGAAGCCCUACUGCACUAACUGCUAUUUGAGAGAUUUUGGACCUAGAGGUACGAGAGCACCGACGCCUCGUGCCCGUAGCACUGCUACCUCCUAAGAGCUCUUUUAACCCGAGCCAUGUUCCCAACUGCUACAGUCAUGUUUGCAUCUGCCAGAGCUCCAACUGCAAACGCUAGAUCUUCAUCUUCUAGUCGUUCUCCAAAUCCAACCGGUAGAGCUCCACCUCCAAAUAGCAGAUCUCCAUCUCCAUCUAAUAAAACUCCAUGUCCAACCAGUAGAUCUCCACCUUCAACUGGGAGAUCUCCGAAUUCAGCUGGCAGAUCGAAAACACCAACUAACAGUACUCUAAAGCCAGCAAGUAAAUCUCCACCUCCAGCUAGCAGAUUUCCAAUUAGUUCUCCAUAUCCAACUGGUAGAUUUCUUUUUAAAAUCUAAUAGAAAUUCAAAUCCACUUGGCAGAUAGCUAUCUCCAUCUGUUAGUACUCCAAAUCCCCCUGGUAGAUCUCCACCUCCACUUAGCAGAUCUUCAUUACUGCCUAAUAGUAUUCUAAAUCCAACAGGUAGAUCUCCACUUUCACAUAAUAGCAUUUCUAAUCCAACUGACAGAUCUCACUUUCUAUCAAAUAUUACUUUAAAUUGACUUGGUAGAUGUAUUAGUACUUUAAAUCCAAAUAGUAGAUCCCAAUCUCCAUCUCAUAGUAUUUCAAAUCCACAUGGUAGAUCUCCACCUCCAACUGAGAGAUUUUCCUCUAAAAGUACUUAAAAUCCAACUUUUUGAUCUCUACCUUUAACUAGUGGAUCUCCCUCUACAUGUAGUAGAUACCCAUCUACAACUGUUACAGUACAUUCCAAUCCCAUCAGAUACCUCUUGAACUGGUUGCUCAGUCUCUGCCUGCAAGGUGACUACAUCUAAAUAGUCUCCAUCUUAAACUAAUUAAAACUGCUGGAGCUUCACCUACAACUUUCAGAUCCAUAUCUAUAACUCCUAAACCUAGACUUGAGCUUGAGCACGAUUUCCAUCUCCAGCCAUUAGGCUUCAAAUGGUCUAUCUUUAACUGCUUCAUCUUAAUCUCUGCCUUGUUAGAGCUCUUAUUAAAUCUACUAGACUUUAAACCAGAUCACCUUCUCCACUAGUUGCUGUUAGGUUCCCUAGAUCUGUUUGAUCACUUCCACUAUCCGCUUGACCUAAUUCAAAUAUAAGAUCUUUAACACAUAGCUCCUUGUUGCCAAAUGAAUCCCAUCAUAAUUAGGAAGAUCUUUAUAUCCAGAUGUUUCUCCAUCUUUCAGAAACAACUGCCAUAAAUGAUCUAAUUUGAUGAUUAGAUGCCCAUCUUCAGCUGAUAGGGCUAUAUCUACUAGAUUUACACUUUAAACAACUUCUGCUAAGUUUCCAAAUUUGAGCACUAGUUAUCCAUCUUUCAGGGCAAAUAUAUAGCCAAAACCCCAACUGCUACAGCUUGAUCGCCAUUGGAUCGACAGGAACUAUAUGUCCAGAUCUCCAUCUUCAUCUGCUACCUCUUCAUUUUCUUUUUUUUUUUUUUUUACUGCAGUCUUUUCUUUCUCCAAACACCACCUCUCAGAGAAAGAAGAUCGAGGCUAAUGAUGACUGCUUUGCAGCUAGCCUCCUUCUACCCCAAAUCCCCAGACUUGUUCCUCCUCCAUGCGCACACCCACCACUACCAAUUUUGUAAACCUUUGCUCCUGCAAUGUUGGACGGUGUUCAAAUGUGACCACAUGAAAAUCCAUGUACCGUGGUCCAGACGCUCCAUCAGAUGGUUUUCAUUUGGCUCACGGAACAUCAGUGCACGACUCGUUAAACGAUUAUUUCAUAACACGCCGUGACCUUUACGCCCUGCCACCGGUGUGUUUUAUCUUCCGUGGGAAUUUGGAGGAAUUGUUUAAUACGAAGCUCUAGAAAUAAAAUAAAACGAAAUGGAAUUAAAUAAAAGUUAAAAGAUGGACAAUAAUUAAUUUGUGUUUUAAAGUUGAAGUAAUUUUUCAGGUUUUAUUUUGAAUAUUUUGUGUAUUUAGAGUAUUUUUCUUAAUUUAAAAAAAACUGUCAUUA